AUGUCGAACCUGAGGGUCCUAGUCGUGGGUGCCUCCAUUGCAGGCCCAGCGACAGCAUACUGGCUCGCCAAAACUGGUGCCAAAGUCACAAUCAUCGAGCGAUUCCCCCAACUCCGGACCAAUGGCCAGAAUAUCGACAUUCGCACAACAGGGGUCUCGGUAAUGCGGAAGAUGCCUGGUAUGGAAGAAGCCGUGCGAGCCAACCUGCAGCCAAUGGAUGGCAUCAGUCUCGUGCGCAAGGACGGCCGUCCGUACGGAACCAUGACGCCCACCGGAGAUCCCGAUCGCCAGUCAUUGAUUUCCGAGUAUGAGAUUCUUCGCGGCGACUUGUCACGAAUUUUGUACGACUUGACCAAGAACCACGAGUCUGUCAACUACAUCUUUGGAGAACAAGUUGCCUCCUUGCAGCAACCCGAGACGAGCGACGGACCUGUUCAAGUCGAGUUUAUGAAUGGAACUCCAUCCUCGGAAUACGAUCUCGUCAUCGCCUGCGACGGGGCGACAUCAAGAACUCGGGCAAUUGGUCUCGGAUGUGCCAUGCGCGACUACAUCCAGCCAAUAAACGCUUGGGCCGCGUACUUCUCUGUCAAGAAGGACCUUCUCAGCGGGAGCCAGAUAGGCCACGCAUACAGUGCUGUGAACGGUCGUGCUGUCGGCAUUGGGCCCGACCAAUCUGGUGGCAAUCGCAUUACGCUGAUGGGCAUUAACCCACGCAACGACCACAGUUCAAUGGCGAAGUUCCACGAGGCGAACAAGCUCGGCACCGACGCACUGAAAGACUUCGUCGCUCAACAAUUUCAGGGAGCUGGUUGGAAAUGCGACGAGGUCGUGCAGGGCAUGAUGGAAGCCGAUGACUUCUACGGUAGUGAGUGGGUUCAAGUCAAAACGCCAACCUUACACAAAGGACGCUUCGUGAUGGUCGGUGAUGCCGGCUACGCCCCUGGUCCAACGGGUACCGGUACCAGUCUGGCUCUGACUGGAGCCUAUCUGCUAGCUGGAGAGGUGGGGAAACAUCGAGGUGAUCUGGCAGCCGGGUUGAAGGGAUACGAAGAGCAGAUUCGGCCGCUCAUUGACAGGAUGCAGAAAAUCCCACCUCUCGUUCCUGGAAUGUUUGCGCCUCAGACCGCUUGGGGGAUUUGGCUGAGAAAUAUGAUCUUUGCAUUUCUUUGUUGGAGUCGUCUUCCUUGGCUAUUUGACAAGUUCUUUGGGACUGCUUCUGCCCAUUCUGAUGGGUAUAAGUUGCCAGAAUAUCAGUGGACGGACUGA